GGAAGUUGCUUCUUCUUGCACGCUUCACACAGCCAGACAGAGCGAAAAAAACAAACAGUUAGCCCUAGACAGCUGGAAUGGGGAUCCAUGGAUUAACAAGUUACGUUAGAAACAACUGUAAUUUUUUUAUUGACACAAAGUUAAAAAAUACCAACAUUAUUAUUGAUGGUAACAGCCUGUACUACCAUCUUUAUUUUAAUUCAGGCUUUGACAUCCGGCACGGAGGAGAUUAUGACUUGUUUGCAGAUCUUGUACGUUCAUUUUUCAAACAGCUCUUUCUCUGCCACAUAAAUCCCUAUGUUGUGUUAGAUGGAGGAGACGAUUACACGGACAAGAAGUUUGAAACACUUAAGCUGCGUGCCAAAGACAAAAUUAGAGUGGCACAUUGCAUUGCAGGAGGUUCUAAUGGCAGUGUGUUGCCACUGCUAACCAGAGAUGUUUUCAAAACCGUCCUUUUUCAGCUCAAAGUACCCUUUGUCCAAUGCUUUGCAGAGGCAGACUGGGAGGUAGCCUCACUGGCAAACCAGUGGAAUUGCCCUGUUUUGGCAAACGAUAGUGACUUCUGUGUCUUUGAUUUGAAGGGUGGUUAUUACCCCCUCAAUGAUUUUAACUGGAGGUGUACAAGCAAGUGCAAAGACAGUUCUGAAUUCUAUAUUCCGGCACUAUGUUUUUCUAUAGACAAGUUCUGUGCACAUUUUAGUCAUAUGAACAAGGCACUCCUUCCUCUUUUUGCAGUAAUGAGUGGCAAUGAUUAUGUUACUCUACCUGCGAUGGAGAACUUUUUUUCCCAAGUGAUUGUUCGCUCAGGGGAUGUUCGCAAUGCCAAGAAGAAUAACCGCAUUCACGGCCUCCUCACCUGGCUGUCUAAGUUUGAAGAACCAGGAGAGGCUAUAGAAAAAGUGCUAGGGUACCUUGUGGACGGUAACAAGGAUAGAGUUCAGAAAUGUCUGUGCCUGGCUAUGGAGGAGUAUAAACUGUCUGAAAGCCACCUUGCAGGGUUCUUCACUAAAGGAACACCUUUGUCUAAAGUUCCCGUGGUAAUGGACAUGCUACCAGAUUGGGUUGUGGUUGCUUUAGGGAAAGGGAAGCUUGGCCCAUAUGUCAUUAAUGUACUGGUUUUGCAAAGAGUAUUCUUAGUUGCACAGGUGGAGGACACUCGACUUCCUUCUAGCCACAUGUGUGCUUUGCCAAUUCGUCAGGUUAUGUAUGGAUUGCUUUUAAAUGGCAGAAAUCCUAGUAAGGUAGGGAAAGGUGCCCAAGGGAAGAAUACAGUCCCACUGGUGGAAGAAUAUUACAGACAUGAUCUGACCCUUGCAAAGAGUCAGGUUAAAGCUGUGGUGACAGGCUCUUCAGAAAGCCUUUCACUGGAGGCAAUUGCAGAGGUUUCAUUACCAGUCCGUCUUAAAAUACUUUUGGAGACCCUGGGAGUAAAACCCUGCAUUGUUGACGCAGUUUCUUCCCACCUGAUUUUACCAGUGGCUGUCACCUGUUACUGGUUGACUCAUUCAGCGCCAAAACCGAAUCUGAUGCAGCUUCAGGCCCUUUUGAUGGGAAUUGUGUAUGGAGAGCUACGCAGAUUAGAGUGUGAUGCAGCUGAUGUUAAAAUAACAUGUGACAGGCUAUGGAGACUGAGAGUCAGACAGACAGACAGACAGACAGACAUGGACAUUAAUCUUGCCCACAUAUUUUGCCAGUGGCAGACUUGCAUUCACACAAGCCUAUACCUUAAUCAGGUGCUUUGCACUCCGCUCCAACAGCCGGAUAUAUCAUGGCUUUACAGUGGAACCUUUGUACACCAAGUCUUUAGAAAGUUGAAAGAAGACCGAUCUCCUGAUUUCCUGUUGUCUGGAUGUGCAGUGGCCUGCAGACUCUUCAAAGACAUUCUCAGUGCUGUAUUGUCAGAGGUACCUGCAGAUUUUUUCCGGACCAGGAUAAAAAAGGCCAGAAAGUCUACAAAACAACAGAAGAAUGGCCGUUCAAAAGAGGGCAGGGGUGACACGGAGGAGCCACUCUCCUGGCAAAACAUAAAUAACAGGUUUUCACUCUUAACUCAUGAUGAAUAACUGCAGAUUUCAAGUGCAGUUCCUUUGCAAUGUGUACUUUUUAAAAGCUCACUUACAGCCAAAUGUUCAAUCAAAUGCACCUUUCAUUGUAUAAUUAAACUAAUUGGAAAUAUUUCAGUGUUACUGUAACAAAUAAAAAGUGAUAGUAUGCAUUUGGUAUAGACUUCUAAUAACAUGAAUUACUGACGAUGCAUUUUUUUUUUUUGCUGGUCCCUUGAAAUUCAUAUUAACAAUUAACUCUGUGUGUGUAUAGAACACACACGCAAACUGUUCAGUUUUUACGCAAUCUAGAAAUCUUAAAUAUCUGUGCCAUUUUUAAUACUGCAGCAAUACUUUUUUAACUGACAAUUUUACUCUAUUGGUGCUAAAAAAUACUUUAUUACAAGGAAGUCUCCUUUGUACUUCUGUUAAAAAUAAAUGUACAUAAAUAUUAUUUUUGCAAAAUCAUGAAACCCAAAUUUGCAUAUUGAUUGACAGUUCUUGCAAUCAAACUGCAUAAAUUAUACAUUCAUAUUGGGACAGAUUUAUUAAGGUAUUUAUCCAAACUUAUUUGCAACCUUGUUUGGAAAAUAAUGUGCAAGGUUCUAAACCUAGAAUGAAAUAAGUGGAGAUCACCUUUGAAUUCUGUGCUUCUAUUUUGUUAAAUUUUUUUUCUUUUCCUUUCACCAAAAAAAAUGGCACUUCAGGAGUAAAGACAGUUUAAAUCAGGUUGUUGGUUGAAAUUAUGUAAUUAUUAGAGUUAUUAGAUCGUGUUAAUUGUAUGAUUUUAUACAUUUUGUGUUGAUCCAUGUGAACAUUUGUUUAUCCUUUAAAAAAAAAAAAAAAAAACCCUGUGUAAUAAUUUAUUUUGUUUUGUCAGAUGCUGCAACCGUCUUUUCAAAUUAUUGCAUUCUUGUUUAAUAAAAGACUGCUAUAGUAAACUACAUGCAAAAUGUUUACUUCCGAGUCAGGAAACAAACUAUACAAGGUAACCUAUGUGCAAAAGGACAGAGUCCAGCAGUUGGUCACAUUGACUUUUAGCAAGUGAAUCAGACUUUGCCAAAUGGUCAGAGACUCGGUACGGUUCUUUUCCCAAGUGGACUCUGUUGUUCACACUUCACAGUGUGGACCACACCCUAAAAUGGAUCCAGUGUGAACACACAUUUAAUCUCUAUAUAAAAAAAAGAUACUAAAAUGCAGCGAUAUAAUAGUCUAGAUACGUGCAGUAGGAAUAACAGCGUUCUCAAAUCUGGACCAGCUGUCUCAAUAGCACAGGUCUGCCAGAAAUGUUGGUUUAACAGUAUAUAGAGUUUCUAUUCCACUACUCCCCUGACUCAGUAACACAACUUCUUCAAAUUAUGAAUUUAUAGUUCAGUGCAAUAAAUUAAGAUGAAAAGGUUUAUACAAAAUUUAAAAUAGAUUAUUUUUAAACAGUGUUGUCAGAGUAAUGGUAUCUGCACAAAAAAAAAAAAAAAAAAACAAGAUCAGCACUCUGAAAGUCUUGGUUUUCCCUUUUAAAAGGGGGUGGUGGUGGGGGUGUUAAGGGCUGGUUCACACUUGAAUAUAUAACACUUUUUUUUUUUUUUUUUUUUUUUUU